ACCUCCCUCUCUUCAGUGUCACAUUGUCUAUAGUCACAUCCGCUUUACUCUGGAAAACUAUGGCUGCUGUUAUGACAGUUGUGCCCUUUCCUGUUUCCCCACAGGCUUCUCCAAACAACAUGAGGGUUAGAUCCCUCCAAGAGCUGGACAUCUAUGGUUCCUCUCUCCUCGCAUCCCAAGGCAGAGGGGCUCAUUCCUGUUUCUGAUCCCAGUAAUUCCCCCCUCCCCAAGUCUUUCCCUAAUUCAUGAGCCAGCAGGAUGCAUCAUCUGUGCGAGCCCUCUCUGAGCGUCUCCUCAUAGCCUCGCACAAGGGCCAAGCUGAUCAUGUGGUUCAGCUCAUCAACAAAGGAGCCAAGGAAGCCAUUACCAAGAACGGCAGAACCCCUCUGCAUUUGGCUGCCUAUAAGAGCCACAUUGCCGUUGUAAGGAUUCUUCUGGCAGCUGGGUGUGAACUGGAUAUUCAGGAUGAUGGUGACCAGACGGCGUUACACAGAGCGACUGUGGUGGGAAACGCUGAUGUUAUUUCAGCUCUAAUUCAGGAAGGAUGUGCACUAGAUAGACAAGACAAGGAUGGGAACACGGCGUUACAUGAGGCUGCGUGGCACGGCUUCAGUCAGUCUGUCAAACUGCUGGUGAAGGCCGGAGCCAACGUUCACGCUAAAAACAAGGCAGGAAACACGGCUCUUCAUCUGGCGUGUCAGAACGGUCAUGCUCAAAGCUCCAAAGUCCUGCUGCUGGGCGGCUCUCGUCCCGACAGUAAGAACAGCGUAGGUGACACGUGUCUGCAUGUGUCUGCUCGAUAUAACCACGUGAGUGUGAUCCGAGCGCUCCUGAGUGCCAUCUGCUCAGUGACUGAAAGAAAUCAUGCAGGAGACACAGCUUUACAUAUCGCAGCUGCUCUGAAUCACAGGAAGACUGUGCGCAUGUUACUGGAGGCUGGGGCCGACAGCCGCGUCAACAACAACACGGGAGAGACGGCCCUCGAUCAGGCUCGUGAAAAUGAUAAUCCUGAAGUGGCGCUGCUGCUCACCAAAGCUCCACAGAGCUUCACUCGAGGACGCACUGUGAGGAAGAGGAGGGACAAGAUGAAGACUGCGGGUCGAGCGCAGUCAGUCCCACGUGAGGAGAUGCUGCCGAGAAAGGACAGUGUAUCUCCUGCGAAUGACACUCAUGGCAGUGACGGUUCUCUCCGCCGGAAUGACACAGAGGCACGUGCAAUCAGAAACAGUGAGAAGAAAGUCAAAGAGAGGCUGUCGCCAUCAGAUGCCCUCAUUCGAAGACAAAGUAAACACAGUGAUCAGAAGAAGAAGAGUAAAACGGAGAGUUCAUCAGCUCCUCCUUCUCCUCCUCAUAACUACAAAGCAUUCCAGCUCUAUACUCUCUACAGAGGCAAAGACGGCAAGAUCAUGCAGGCCCCAUUGAAUGGCUGCAGGUGUGAACCUCUCAUUAACAAACUGGAGAAUCAGCUCGUGGCCACUAAAGAGGAGAUGCAGUCAGAGAUUCACACUGUACAGGAGCUCAUGAACAGCAAGAUGGGCCAAAUGGAGCGCAAGAACAAACAUCAGAUCAGAGCUCUAGAUAAGAUCACUUUAGAGAGAGUGUCUGCUGAGAGGAUUGAAUGUUUACAUCGCAUCGACAAGCGAGCCAUACAAGAACGCUUGGAAGGAGAAAAAAGACAGGCGUCAGUGGUCAACGAUCUCAAGAGCUGGUGCCUUUCGAAAAUCCAAAGUUUGGAGACGCGUCUCUCUGGUGAUCGCUGCAACACAAAGUUAAGGCGCUCCUCGUCCCUCACCGACACGCUUUCAGAUUGUAAACCCCGUUCCCACACAGCUGUACCGGACACAUCUGGUGCCGAAGCCUGCUCCUCUCCAUCAACAAACCAACCAGAGGCCAAAGAUGGACGAGAGGCUGUAGCAGCGAGCGCGAGUCCUGAGGAUGCAUCGGCUGGUUACUAUGUGAUUGAGGCGGACCGCGUCUCACUGGAUAAGCAGUCAGCGCAGAAUCAAUCUGCACCCCAGUCUCCUUGUAUAGUCCGACCUAAGCAACGAUCCCGGGCCUGUAGUGACCCUCACCGAGCGCAAGAUGAGCCUCAGGAGCUGAGACCUGUCCCCAAUCAGUGCUGCGAGCACAGGAACCUUAAAAGACGCACCCAACAAAGAGCAAAGACCAAACACAACGCUCAAACCAUGACGAGUUUGACGCACACUGCCGAGGCUUCCUUCGCCCAGGAGCGGGAAAACAUGCACGCGCUGGAGGUUACGCAGUACUUUUUCGAGGCAGUGACUCUGCAGAUGGAGCGCUGGUAUGAACGCAAGAUUGAAGAAGCACGCUGGCAGGCCAACCAGAGAGCCCAGGCCGACAGAGCCGCUCUGCUGGACAGAAUAAGCUACCUUGAGGAUGAACUCCGACUGCUGAGGACUAACAAGCAGGAGCAGAGCUAGUACAGAAGGUAACACUGGUGUAGCAGACACUGUAACGUCCGGAUGGAUGAGUGAAGGUCAACAGAGCAGCUAACACAUGAAGAUAACACUGCAGCAGCAAGCGUCAGGAGAAGUAGCACCUAAACAGAUUUAGAGCCGAAACAUUCUCUUUGCAAGUACUUUAACUCAAACACUUCAAGCUACACAAGUUUAAUUUCCUUUGCCAUCACACAAUUCAUAAUGGAGGGCAGUCGCAUUCUUAGCACUGUUAGCAGAAACUGUCUGCUGAGGCUUGUUGCCGCCAGAGUAACACAAGAAUGCACUUCAUGUACAUGCUGUCAGAGCCCUGUUCACAAAUUUGUGUCUGCGUUUGCGUGCUUGCGUUGGGUUACCGUCACUGCCAAAGAUCCGUUCAAGCUUAAGAUAAGUCUGUUUUAUUGUAAAAGGGCAAAAACUUAACAUAUACUGUAUAAUUUAAAUGUGGAUUCUUAAUUAAGUAUAAGGCAUGAACACAUUUAUUCCAGUACUAGUACUCAAAUUAGCUGAAAGUGUCUACAUUUUGCCACUACUUUGGAGGUUUGCCAGAUCAUAUAAAACCAGUGAAGACUGACAAAUAAAAGUAACACAAUCCAUGAUAUAAGCAAGUAUUAUGUCUUUGUAUAUGGUCUUUAUUGCACAAAAUGAAAUGUCUUAACCUGUGAUGUUUCAUUGAGGAUUUUGAUGUAGUUCGUAGGGAACGUACAAGAACACACGA